ACAAUUGCAUUAAAACAUAUACCCAUGGCCCAAAGCACGCAUUAAAAGUAGUCCACAUAAUAAAGUUGAAAGAACACAUGACCAUUUCUCAGGAAAUUUUCAAAAUUCACCACAACGGUCUGCAUUCUUGGGCAAAGUUUUUCUCAGUUUCCAGAGCAAAUGCAGAAGACCGUUCAUCUUGUUUCGGAUCCCUGUUUACUCCUCACUCCCAGCGGGAAUAUGAACACUUCUUUCAACUACGCAAGAUUGUUUACUGCCACCCAUCAGCGCAAUUUUCAGUCAAAUGUCAAGAAAUCGAUACUCUGUGCUGCAAAGAAGAGAAAGCGAUAUGCGAUUGGAAGAUCUGGAAGACUCAUGCUCGAAUCAGCCUGCGUGAUCGCUUCAAAGCUCAGGAUUUUGCCCGAGCCUUUUGAAUUACUGUUGACGGAAUUUGGAGCGGGAAAUGGAGGUGGGAAUGGGUUCUGGAAUGUAUUUGGACGGGGUGGGUUUGAUGGGUGGAGGAGAAGGAGGAGAACAAAAUUGGGUAUGGUGAUCACUGUUGUAGUUUGUGGUGUGGUGGGGUCGUGGUUGGUUAUGGGUAAAGAAUUGGUAUUGGAUGCUGAGGCUUUCUUGGGGGGUUUAGGUUUACUUUUAUUUGGGCUUUCGGUGGAAGGGUGGAGAAGAGGGGCUAAAGAUUGGAUUUUGGGAUUCUGUUGCUGUGCUUUUUUGGUGGGUUUGGUUUUGAAGAAGGACGAUUUGCGGACAUGGGUUAGAUGUUUUGGGAGCCUAAAGAAGAAUGGAAAAAGAAAGAGAAGAGCAUAUUGAGUAUUGCUUACAAUCUUACCCGAGUGUGGUUUCUUUAUGCAUGGUCAUUUUUUAUUGUUUUUUGUCAUUUGGACGUCAAUUCCUCUUUUCUUUUUGUUUCAAGUCUUGACUUCUUUAUAGGAUAUUCUUGAUUGAUGAGCAGUUUUAAGUUCGUUAAUUAUUUCUUUAAUUUGUUUACAUACACAACGCAUAUUUCCGUUCGUGCUCUUGGUAUUGGGACAAUAUAAUACCGGUGUUGGAAAUAUUUAAUGUAGAUUUUCUUCGUAAUAUGAUGCAUUCAUCAAAAGAAUUCUACCACAUGUUGAUUGA